UCUGCUCCACUCCAGUGUGUGUGGGUGUCCCCUGAACGCGCACGCAGGAACUUCUUUUCCUGUCGAGAGCGCGAUAUAUGACGUAAGCGGCUUGCCGCGCAGUGAUGAUGGCGGUGCGUGAACGCGCAGUAAAAGUAAUGGCUGCUCUGGAUCGGCGGGUGCCUAGCCUCGAUGAUUUUGUGGGUCAAAGCUGGAGUGCCUGGGCCGAGUGGGCCGGUGUGACAGCGGCGGAGGGGCCUGAUGGGGAUGAGUGCAGCAAGAAUGGCAAAAAGGCUGCAGAGGCUAUGUCACUCAGUAAGGAGGACAUGUCCAUCUUUGGCCUCUACCCCGGCCAUGAUGACUUCUACCUGGUGGUGUGCAGCCAUUGUGGCCAGGUCGUCAAGCCGCAGGCGUUUGAAAAGCACUGCGAGCGGCGACAUGGCCCUCUGGCCAAGCUGUUCGCCCGACUGCGCUCCCCCACCCCCGCUCCCCAGCCGAGGCCCCACCACGGCCAUUCCCCUUCCCACGGGACCAAUGCUGCCUCCGCGUCAUCGUGGGAAGGCCGAGGCCCGGCGGCCGCGCAGCCACGGACGGCUCCACCUUCGCCUUCCACUCCCCCCCAGCACAGACACUCCAAGACCUCCAAGGAUGGAGUACGACAUUCCCCGCUGGACAAGCCCUCCCACAGCGGCCACACUGACUCGUCAGUAUUCAAGCAGCCGCCGCCUCUGGAGGCUCCAAUGAGCUCCCCACCGCUGUCUCUCCGAGAUCCGCCCUGGCUGCACGGAGGCACCCCGCCUGGUCGGCCCUCACCUAGUGACCGGCCCCCCACCCACAACCCGAGGAAGGACUCCCCCCAGGGCUCUGCUGUGCCGAGCCACCGGGUCCCCAGACCCUACAACAAAGUGGCCUCCAAGCGGGAGUGUGACUUGGACAAACACUGUGGCGUCCUGGACCCUGACAGGAAGAAGGUCUGCACUCGCCUGCUGACAUGCAACAUCCACUCCAUCCACCAACGACGGAAAGUGGUGGGCCGCAGCAAGAACUUCAACCUGCUGGUGGCGGAACUGAAGACCAAGGUCCGUGAGAAAGGGGCCCAAUCCCUGGAUGGGGGCUCCUCUGCUGGACGAUCUCCCAGCCCAGAGCCCCCCAAGGAGCAGGCGGGUGCUCCACACUGCAGGAGGCCUCUGGCCAGCCUCCCUGCUUUCAGUCGGUCUACUACAGUGUCUGAGAGCAACACGGAGGACGACGAGCAUCAGGAGGAGGGAGGUCGCCGAGCCCCCUCCCCAUUGGUCCACGGGCGAAUCUCUAGCGAUGACAGCGAGGCAGAAGGACCCGAGGAGCCUGCUGGGUUCCUGUGUUCUGCUGCACAUCCCAGACCACUAGCGAUGUGUUCGUUUGGCAGCCGCGCGCUGGCUCACGGCAUCUACACGUUCGACCGGAGGCUUCAUCACCUGAGGUCGGCUCUCAGCAGCAUGCUGGAGCAGCACAUCAGCGCACAUCUGUGGAAAAAAAUACCUCAGGCAACAGACCUUCAAUCUCCACCUUCCUCGGCAAACACGAUCACUUCCUCCUCGCCAUUACAUUCCAAAGUCCGCGCAGGAAGUCACAUCAGCUCCUCCCUCAAAGCAGCAUCGUCCUGCUCCUCCUCCAGCCGCGGUCCGGGGAGGGUCCCGGCAGCCUUUCAGUCAGAGAACUCCGGAAGCAGCAUCGGGGGCGGCCACGUGGCGUCUCCGGGUAAGCCUGUGGCGGCGCGUCAGACGGGCGCCAGGCGAUCCAAGAACCCGGUGGGGCGUCCCAGCAAGCAGAUGCUGAAGCUGCGAGAGGAGGCCGCUGCCGCCGCGGCCCUCCGGAAGCGGAAGGCCCCAUCCCAGGAAGGGGAGCAUUCUGGCCCUGAAAGGAACGCCAUCGUUCUACAGGACCGAGGCCGCCCACCUUCCUCUGGCUCGUCGUCGUCGUCGUCGUCCUCUUCCUCCUCCUCUUCUUCCUCGUCAUCUUCGUCAUCUUCUUCUUCUAAACCUCCCAUUUCGUCCCCUCUCCCGCACGGACAGACCAAUGGCACGCUUUCCCCCAGUGGAAAACCCCGCCCCCAGCCCUCCCCUUCAGAGUCCCAUUCACCUGCUGCCAAGGUGGUCUGGACUUAUAGACGCACUGCACACACUCCUCUGGGCCAUUCCUCCUCCCCGGACCCCUCCUCCUCCUCUGCCACCAACAACUCCCACAGCAGGGGCGGUGUGGGGGACUCAGGACUGCAUGGGCAGGGCAGCGGGAGGGGCUUUGAGCACCUUGUGAAGAAACGCAAGGGGAGCGGCAUUGAGGAGCAUUCUCCGUCCUCGAAACCCUCAGCGUACCGCCUGCCCGCCUCGUCCAGCUCUGCCACGUCGUCGUCCUCUCCGCGCUCAAACUUUUACCUCUGGAAGGACAGCAAAAGCGGGGGGCUGUCUGGUGGAGUGGAAAAGAAACUGGGCACACAAAAGCCAAAACUGCACCAUUAAGAGUGCCUGCCUUACAAGCCACUAAGAGGGAGCCAACUGCACUCUCUCGGUGUGUGUGUGUGUGUGUGUGUGUGUGUGUGUGUGUGUGUGUGUGUGUGUGUGUGUGUGUGUGUGUGUGUGUGUGUGUGUGUGUGUGUGUGUGUGUGUGUGUGUGUGUGUGUGUGUGUGUGUGUGUGUGUGUGUGUGUGUGUGUGUGUGUGUGUGUGUGUGUGUGUGUGUGUGUGUGUGUGUGUGUGUGUGUGGGGGAUGAAAUUUAGAGUAUGGAUUUAGAAAUACCUCAAGACCAUCCGAUUAUGCUGCUAAAUGAAAUAUGGUUUAUAAGAAUGUAUUAAAAUGUCCUUUCCACUUUGUUUCUUUAACUUAUUUUAAAGCUGUACAUGUUGAUUCAGUUUAUUCUCUUUUGUGGUGACAUUCACUAAACUCUCUUCAGGGUCUUAUAGUGUUCUAAGUUGGUUGUCAGUGAAUAAUGAAGCCGCAGUAUGAUUAUCAUCACUGCUGUGGUGCUGGUCAGAUUCAUAUACUGGGAUUUUGUAUGUUAACUUGGUCUAAAAUUAUUUGCCACUUUUUAAUGGGGCAUUUGUGCACUUAACACCAGCUGCACUACCCCAAAAAUAAUUUGGCACCCAGUUGUGUAUUUAAAAAUGAUACAUAUGGGAAUGUUACUGUCGAUUAAAAAGAGCCUCAAAAUAAAGGAACCACCAUAGAAA